CUCCCUCCCGCCAAUGAGGGCCGGGGCCGUCACGCGGCGCGUCACGCGGGCGGCCGCCAAGAUGGCGAAGGUGUCGGACAUGUACGACGUGACUUGGGAAGAUAUGCGUGAUAAAAUGAGGAAGUGGAGGGAAGAAAACUGCCGGAACAGUGAACAGAUAGUGGAUGUUGGAGAAGAGUUAAUUAAUGAAUAUGCUUCUAAACUUGGAGAUGACAUUUGGAUAAUAUAUGAACAGGUGAUGAUUGCUGCCCUGGACUGCAGUCGAGAUGAUUUGGCACUAUUUUGUCUUCAGGAGCUAAGGCGCCAGUUUCCUGGGAGCCACCGAGUGAAACGCUUAACUGGAAUGAGAUUUGAAGCUAUGGAAAGGUAUGAUGAUGCCAUCCAGUUAUAUGAUAGAAUUUUGCAAGAAGAUUCCACUAAUACAGCAGCAAGAAAGCGUAAGAUUGCCAUUCGAAAAGCCCAGGGGAAAAAUCUUGAGGCCAUCCGCGAGCUGAAUGAGUAUCUGGAACAAUUUGUUGGAGACCAAGAAGCUUGGCAUGAGCUCGCAGAACUUUACAUCAAUGAACAUGAUUAUGCAAAGGCAGCCUUCUGCUUAGAGGAGCUUAUGAUGACUAAUCCACACAACCACUUAUAUUGUCAGCAGUAUGCUGAAGUUAAAUACACUCAAGGAGGGCUUGAAAAUCUUGAGCUAUCAAGAAAGUAUUUUGCACAAGCACUGAAACUUAACAACAGAAAUAUGAGAGCUUUGUUUGGCCUUUACAUGUCUGCCAGCCAUAUUGCUUCCAAUCCAAAAGCAAGUGCAAAAAUGAAAAAAGAUAAUAUGAAAUAUGCCAGCUGGGCAGCUAACCAAAUCAACAGAGCAUAUCAGUUUGCAGGUCGCAGUAAGAAAGAAACCAAAUACUCUUUGAAGGCAGUAGAAGACAUGUUGGAGACCCUGCAAAUCACUCAGUCUUAGACUGGUGCAGAAAUCUAUUAUUCAGUUUUCCAGCUCAUGAUAAACCUGUACUGACCUAUGGGUUAUGUUACUCUAGUGCUGUUAAAAGUUAAUUUUGUAUUGAUUAACAUGCUAUCUAAAAUAAUGUUUCCUGGGGGGUAACAUGCCUGUUUACUGCUGCUAUGCGAGAUGUGUUGAGUACCCACUGAAAUGAAUAACUUAGCCCCACAGACAACAGGAACAAAGGAUGUGUGCUGCACGUCAGGCUCUUCAGAUUUUUCUAUCUACAGUACUUGCUUUUAAGCCAUAAUUUGUAGAAAUAAACUUAAGUGAGUAAAAAACCCAAAAAACCGCACGGUGAUUUAUUGGACUUGCAGAUAGACAUUCUGAAUUUAUAUAUGUAGAUGAAUAAUAUGUUAGAAGUUUUCAUCUUGUUUGCAUGUUUAAGAAUAAAAGCAUGCUGCGGAGGUACCCCUUCUGGUAAAUAUUUACCAUACAUCAAGGAGUGAUUAUGAUUACACAUUAGUAGGAGAAAAAAAGAUUAUAUUAAUGGUUUUGUUAAUGAGUUGAUAACCAGUACUACAGAAAUGGAGAAAACUCAUUGGUGUACUUUGCAUCAGAGGUGCUUUUGUACUGGUUCAAGGCCAAAGACAUUCUCUGUGGCUUUGUGGGCAAAUGCUCCCGUGUCCACAGAGUCCUCCAAUCAGUACAUGCACAGGCACUUCUUUUAUGCCUUCUGUGUGUCCUUUGUUGUACAGAUGUUCCACAGCAUGAAUUUCAAAACCAUACGAGUCCAAGGCUGCAUGAUGGUCUGUGCUAAUCCUGCACCUCUGGUAUGGACACCCCUUCACUGUGGUGUGUUGGCUUCUCCACAGUAAAUGAGUGUCACUGCGCUGUAAGGAGGAACUGGCUUGUUCAGCUGCCUUGUACUUACUGGAGGCUAAAGAUAUUUCUACACCAAUGGCAUGAGGCAUGUAGCACACUCUAAACUGGUACUGUAUUUGUCUUUAGGUGCUUCUUUAUUUACUCAGAUCAUGACCCAUCUUCCCUAUUUCAUGCAUUUUGCAGUUCUGCUCAUUCUGGGUAUUGUUCUGAUGUACACUGUGGCAAUUCACUUGCACAGCCAAUUCUUUUAUUACCAGGUGAGUAAGUCUGCAGAACCGCAGCAACAUAUCUUUAACAAAUUCUAAUUACAGCAUUGUGAUGUCAUUUUCAUGUGUGGGACAAAGCUGACUUGAGUUUCAGGUGAUGUACUGCCUAUGCUACAUAGAAGGGUAGGUUAAAGGCUGUACUUUAAAAUGUCCUUUAUGCCACCCCUGGCUUGAACAACAACAAAGCUGAGCUCCUGCUUUGAAGACAAAGCAGCAACACAAAAUUCUCCUUUAAGUCCAAAGCUUGAAAAUGUGUCUAAUUGAGCUGGUUGUGCAUGAAGCUAUGCCUGUAAGAAACGUAAGAUUUCAUGUCUAUUAUCUGUGAUGUAGGCUGGAGUGUGGCAGUGUGACAGGGUGGGUGCUAUACCAUGAGAAUGAAUGGCUUGUGGAAUCCAGCUAAAACUGGGAAUGCCUCCUAGCAUUAUAUCAAAUCACCCAAUCCUAAUGCAGGGGAAUGGCGCCAGAUCCUUUCACAGCAGUCAUUCACAAACAGGAGUCAAAACACUAUUUGCAGAUAAUUAUGUGUGUUUCAGGUGGAAAUUCAAGAAAACAUGGAUGAACCUAUGUAUUUCUGUUCAGAUUCAUGGUCUCCCAUUGUAUGAGUGUGCCAUCUAGAGUUGUAAGCCCUUAAGAG